CGGAGGAGGUCGUCCAUGGUAUGGUCCGGCGGACUGGGUUCGAUCACAUCGUGAACGAGCCGCGGAGGAGAGACCGAUGGAAUCACAGUCUGAACGAGGGAUGGCAACAUAACGAUCGCCUCGAGGGCGGAGAGGAGACCUUGCCAGAUGUCAAACAUGAUAUCGGAAAUAAUUGGCAUGUUGCGGUUCGGGACCCCAAGGGGGGAUUAUGGCAAUACAAAGAUAUUUCUUGUGCCCAAGGGGAACCGACAAUUCGUGUGGCUUUUGAAGUCGUACACGGGCUACACCCGGGUUUUUGGCGGAAUGAAUUCAUCGAAGAAAUACAGCACGAGAAACGUACCGACGAACAAUGAACAGCUCGAGAGUCGCGAGCGGGAGUGGAGUAAUGUUGCAAAUGGCCGUUAUGCAUGUUGCACAAGACGUGCAUCGCUCAUCAGGCCGGUGGAGUGGUGGACUCGAGAGCGGACAGGGACUCAGGGAGUGGUGGAAGGUGGCAUCAGCCAGCAAGUAGUAUUAACAACACCCUCCUCCUCUCUUCUGAGCAGAGCCGUAUUAAUGAUCUCUGUUGCCAAAGUAGGGCGUGGGGAUGGGCCCGAAUAG